UUUUUAAAAAUUAUGGAGGAAGACUUAAAAUCAUUUAUUAAACUUCCCUGGUUCAAAAAACAUUUUUCAAAUUCGGCUGACUUGGAAAUACUUCCUGCACGUUAUACAGUCCAAUAUGUUAUGGAAGAAAUGUUUAUUUAUUUUGAGAAGCGUUUAACUCAAAUUGCUGAUGAAGAACCUCUGGACAAACUUAUAAACAAAUCAUUUAAAAGAGGAGAGGAUUCUUAUCUAAAUAGCCUGUUAAGAACACUUUUUGGGCUAUGCGAGACUUGCCUACCUUCAGUUUUAAACGUUUUGAUUAAGUGGUAUGAGCAUCAACAGAGAGUUUCUAUCAGCCAAGUCGGUGAAGUCAGAGACCGUGCCAUAAAGAAAACACUUGUUGCUAGCUAUUUAUUUUGUGUGGUUUUAAUCGAAAUUUUACUUCAAGUCCACUUCCACCCAGCAGAAUGUCAAUCACAAAUUAAUUUUAUUGUUGGAAAUUCUUUUAAUCAAAUAUCCUACAAGGACCAAUCCGUUUUUGGAAUUAAUUAUAAUAAUAGUUUGAUAGUCUCUGAAAUCUUCGCAGAAGUAAUUGGUGUCUUGUCACAAACUCAUUGUAAAUUAAUCCAAAAAUAUUGUAUUGACAAUUUAAACGAAUUACGCAAAGAAGUACCGGUUAAUACACAUUCUGUUAUUUGUCUAUUAAUGGGAAUGAAAUAUUUUAGAAUUAAGACAAACGAGAUAUCAUCAUUGGAAGAAGGCAUCUCUUUUUUAGAAGAAAUUGGUUCGUAUUACCUUGAAGUUGAUUUGAAACAAAAAGAUUUGAAGCAUGCUUUGGCUGGGUUGUUAGUUGAAAUACUUAUACCUAUGGCUGCGCAAAUAAAAACAGAAGCAAACGUUCCUGCUUUAAUUGCCUUUGUUGAUAAACUUUACAAUCCAACAUAUGAUUUGAUUAAUAAAAAGCAACAUAAAUUGGCAGCUUACCCUCUACUUACCUGUCUUUUAUGCAUCAGUCAAAAUAAAUUUUUUCUUUCUACUUGGGUUCAAUUUCUUAAUCUUACACUAGCAAAUCUUAAAAAUAAAGAUUCAAGAAUUUCAAGAAUGGCGUUGGAAUCACUCUAUCGUUUAAUUUGGGUUUACACAGUUCGUAUAAGCUGUGAAAGUAAUAGCGUUACUCGAAGCCGUUUGGAAGGAAUUUGUGCAAGUCUUUUCCCUAGAGGUUCAAGAAAUGUUGUUCCAAGAGAUGCUCCUCUCAACAUUUUUGUCAAAAUAAUUCAUUUUAUUUCUCAAUAUAGAAUUGAUUUUGCGUUUAGAGAAAUAAUUUAUGACUUGUUGGGAUGUUCUAGAGCUUCAUCAAGAACCCUUUCAAUUUAUCCUGAACGUAUGAAUAUCGGAAUACGUGCUUUAAUGGUUAUUUUUGAUGGACUACAACAAAAUGAAAGUCCUCCAGGAAUGCCGAGAUCAAUAGGUUUUGUACCUUUUGGAACAAUUCAACGCCAAAAAAGAAGCUAUUUGACUCAACCAUUAUCAAUCGAAACAGCAAUUUCUCUCGGUCUAGAACAAUACUAUCCAGCUUGUAGAAAAGCUUUUGACUCAAUUUUGCGUACUUUGGAUGCCCAAAUUGGACGUUCAUUUAUGUUAACAGCUUCACAUGUUCGUGGAAAGGAAUAUAAUGAAGUUAUUAAUUCUGAAAUGAGAGCAAAAUUGGAUCUUUUUCGGACUUGUAUUGCUGCAAUUCCUCGUUUUCUUCCUGAUCCAAUGUCUCAUCAGGAUUUGAUAGAAUUUGUUAUUCGAAUGUGUGUUCAUGUAGAUGAAGAAAUUCGUUUAACAGCUUACCAAUCACUACAAAAUUUGGUUGCUGAAUGUCCAGAUUGGAGAGAAGAUUUAUUCCACAUUUUUCUUCGUUUUUUAAUUAAUCAAAUACAGGUUUUUAAAUGA